AUGGACAGCAUCGCAGCUACCGAGUCGCAAUGGCUGUCACAACUAGCAGCUAUGCGCCAGGCCAUUGCCGAUCUGAAACUCCCCCAAAACCUCCCUCAUGAAUCGAUCAGCUAUGGAAGCGAUAUUGAUCUCGACAUUGACGACGACUACUCAUCCCCGGGAACAAAUGAUGAUGUGUGGGAUAUUAUCAGCUCGGAUGAUGAGACUUCCGACGACUUGGACGACUUGGAUGGACUCGACGGACUUCAUCUCGCAGAAGGAUCCUACAAUCGGUUCUGGCUAGAAGACAAAUGCCAGGAUUUGGCUAUGCGAAACUCAAGUAUAGAUGCAACAGAGCUAGCUCAACAACUCAUCGCCACCCUGGCGACCGACAGCAACGACGAGGAGCUGCAGAUGUCUUUGGCUGAGGUUGUUGGAUUCGAUGACCUGGAUCUGGUGAUUGAGCUCAUUGCACACCGAGGAGAAAUUCUGUCGGACAAGGGACCCCGCCUGGAAUCCCAGACAGAUGGGCUUGCGGCAGGUAGACUGCAAACACGAGCAGAGAGAGAACAUGCUCUGCAACAGCGCGACUACGAACAUAAGAGUGCAGCGUUGAUGCCGGCCCAAACCCGAUCGGAGCCCUCCUACCCGCAUGUUUUCAAACAACACACCUCUGGAAAUACACUUUCUGCCAAUGGGAGGAAAUAUGGGUUGCCUGUGGGUAGCGAGCAGAUCGAGGAGCCGAAAUACACUGAAUUCGCGAUCCCGGCGGCGAAGGUUGGAACGCUGGGCAAGGGCCGGAAACUGGUGGAGAUCGCUGAAAUGGAUGGCCUUUGUCAGGGUACCUUCAAGGGCUACAAAGCCCUCAAUCGUAUGCAAAGCUUGCUCUACGAUGUUGCAUACAAAACCAACGAAAAUAUGCUUAUUUGCGCGCCGACUGGUGCGGGUAAAACGGAUGCUGCCAUGUUGACUAUUCUCAAUGCUGUGGGCAAAAACACAUCUCCAAAUCCGUUAGAAAACCCAGAAGCGACUGAAUUCACCGUCCAAGUUGAUGACUUUAAGAUUGUUUAUGUUGCUCCCAUGAAGGCUUUGGCUGCCGAGGUGACGGAGAAACUCGGCAAGCGUUUAGCCUGGUUGGGCGUCAAGGUGCGCGAACUGACUGGUGAUAUGCAGUUGACCAAGCGGGAAAUCGUUGAUACCCAGAUCAUUGUUACUACCCCUGAGAAAUGGGAUGUUGUAACGCGGAAAAGCACUGGAGACACAGAGCUUGUUCAGAAAGUCCGCCUUCUCAUUAUCGAUGAAGUCCACAUGCUGCACGAUGAGCGAGGAGCAGUCAUCGAAUCCUUGGUCGCUCGAACUCAACGUCAGGUUGAAAGCACGCAGUCUCUGAUUCGUAUCAUCGGUUUAUCAGCCACCCUUCCAAACUAUACUGAUGUGGCGGACUUCUUGAAAGUGAACAAAAUGGCCGGCAUGUUCUUCUUCGACCAAUCAUUCCGACCUGUACCUCUUGAGCAACAUUUCAUCGGUGUCAAAGGAAAGCCCGGCUCCAAACAAUCUCGCGACAACAUUGACUCUGUCGCCUAUGAGAAGGUUCGCGACAUGAUGGAGAGAGGCCACCAAGUCAUGGUUUUCGUCCACUCGCGCAAAGAUACCGUAAUGACUGCCAGGAUGCUUAUGCAGCUAGCCGCGGAGGAGGGACGAGAGGAUUUAUUCAGCUGCCAUGAUCACGAAAACUACUCCAAUGCCCUUCGUGACAUGAAACAUGCGCGUGCACGUGAACUACGGGACCUCUUCGCCAGCGGAUUUGGAACACAUCAUGCCGGAAUGUCUCGAAGCGACCGCAAUCUGAUGGAGCGAAUGUUUUCAGAAGGUCUAAUCAAGGUACUUUGCUGUACCGCCACCUUAGCCUGGGGUGUCAACCUUCCUGCAGCCGCAGUUGUUAUCAAAGGUACUCAGUUGUAUAACCCACAAGAGGGUAAAUUCAUUGACCUGAGCAUUCUCGACGUCAUGCAAAUCUUUGGCCGUGCCGGUCGUCCACAAUUCCAGGACACCGGUAUUGGGUUUAUCUGUACUACUCAUGACAAGUUGACCCACUACCUGUCUGCUGUGACUGCACAGCAGCCCAUCGAGUCGCGCUUCUCUAGUCGACUUGUGGAUAACUUGAAUGCCGAAAUCUCGCUUGGAACAGUCACAUCUGUUCCAGAAGCUGUGCAAUGGCUUGGCUACUCGUACCUUUAUGUGCGCAUGAAACGUGAGCCGAGGAACUACGGAAUCGAGUUUGCUGAGCUACGCGAUGAUCCAAUGUUGGUUCAAAGGCGGAGGCAGUUGAUCAUACAAGCAGCACGGGUGCUACAAAAGAGUCAGAUGAUCAUCUUCAACGACAAGACUGAAGAUCUCAAAGCCAAGGAUGUUGGUCGCAUUGCGAGUCAAUACUAUGUAUUGCAAACCAGUAUCGAGAUUUUCAACGAUAUGAUGCGUCCCCGAUCUGGUGAGGCAGAUGUACUCAAAAUGAUCAGUAUGAGUGGAGAAUUCGACAACAUUCAAUCUAGGGACAGCGAGUCAAAGGAGCUUCAGCGACUGCGUGAGGAAGUCGCGCAGACUGAAGUUGCCGGGGGAAACGACACUCCACAUGCGAAGACAAACCUCUUGUUGCAAGCCUAUAUCUCUCGCGCCAAGAUUGAGGACUUUGCUUUAGCCUCCGACACUGGCUAUGUUGCCCAAAACGCCGCACGUAUCUGCCGUGCUCUCUUCAUGAUUGCGUUGAAUCGUCGCUGGGGCUAUCAAUGCCAAGUUCUGUUGUCUCUUUGCAAGUCUAUUGAGAAACAGAUCUGGCCCUUUGAUCACCCCUUCCGUCAGUUCGAUUUGCCUCAACCGAUUCUACGUAACCUUGACGACAAGCUUCCAACUACUUCUAUUGAGUCUAUGAAGGAAAUGGAGCCUGCGGAGAUUGGUCAACUUGUUCAUAACCACCGCAUGGGCAACACAUUGUCUAAGCUCCUGGACAAUUUCCCAACUCUUAGUGUUGAGACCGAGAUUGCGCCGCUCAACCGCGACGUGCUUCGUAUUCGCCUUUCCAUCUUCCCGGAAUUCACCUGGAAUGACCGUCAUCACGGUGCAUCAGAAUCCUUCUGGGUCUGGGUCGAGAACUCGGAAACAUCAGAAAUCUAUCACCAUGAGUACUUCAUCCUAAGCCGGAAGAAGCUUUACGCUGAUCAUGAGCUUAACUUCACUAUUCCGCUGUCUGAUCCCCUUCCCAGCCAAAUCUACAUUCGUUUGAUCUCUGAUCGCUGGCUGGGUGCUGAAACUGUUAGCCCAGUUUCUUUCCAGCACCUCAUUCGCCCGGACACUGAAAGCGUGUAUACUGAUCUACUCAAUCUUCAGCCGCUUCCUAUAUCGGCUCUUAAGAAUCCCAUUCUUGAGGAAGUGUAUGGGCAACGCUUCCAAUUCUUCAACCCUAUGCAAACACAGAUUUUCCAUCUCCUUUACCACACACCGGCCAACGUUCUCCUUGGUUCUCCAACUGGUAGUGGAAAGACUGUUGCAGCUGAGCUGGCAAUGUGGUGGGCUUUCCGUGAGAAGCCCGGCUCCAAGGUUGUCUAUAUUGCGCCGAUGAAGGCAUUGGUUCGUGAACGAGUUCAAGACUGGCGUAAGCGCCUCACUCGCCAGAUGGGGUUAAAACUUGUUGAGUUGACUGGUGACAAUACACCUGACACGCGUACUAUUCGGGAUGCCGACAUCAUUAUCACCACACCUGAGAAAUGGGACGGUAUCUCACGUAGUUGGCAGACCCGUGACUACGUCAGGAAAGUGAGCCUCGUGAUUAUUGACGAGAUUCACUUGCUCGGUGGUGAUCGAGGUCCCAUUUUGGAAAUCAUUGUUUCCCGGAUGAACUAUAUCGCCUCGCAGUCCAAAGGAUCCGUUCGACUGAUGGGUAUGUCCACCGCCUGUGCCAAUGCUUCUGAUCUGGCCAACUGGCUUGGUGUCAAAGAAGGACUGUACAACUUCCGUCAUUCAGUUCGCCCGGUUCCCCUCGAGAUUUUCAUCGAUGGGUUCCCUGAACAGCGUGGUUUCUGUCCCCUGAUGCAGUCAAUGAAUCGCCCAACUUUCCUCGCGAUCAAGAACCAUUCACCGGAGAAACCAGUCAUUGUCUUCGUUGCUUCCCGCCGACAAACUCGUCUGACUGCUAAGGAUUUAAUCAAUUACUGCGGUAUGGAGGAUAAUCCUCGUCGGUUUGUGCGAAUGUCUGAGGAUGAUCUGCAGUUGAACCUCGCGCGAGUGAAAGAUGAUGCUCUAAAGGAAGCCCUUAACUUUGGUAUAGGCUUGCAUCAUGCUGGUUUGGUUGAAUCUGAUCGUCAGCUAGCAGAAGAACUCUUUGCCAACAACAAGAUUCAAAUUCUUGUGGCGACCAGUACUCUUGCGUGGGGUGUUAACCUUCCGGCGCAUCUUGUAGUGGUCAAAGGCACACAGUUCUUCGACGCUAAGAUCGAGGGUUAUCGGGACAUGGACUUGACCGAUGUUCUGCAAAUGCUCGGUCGUGCUGGUCGCCCGCAGUUCGAUACCUCCGGUAUUGCGCGCAUCUUCACCCAGGACUCUAAGAAGGCUUUCUACAAGCACUUCCUCCACACGGGUUUCCCUGUCGAGUCGACCCUGCACAAGGUUCUUGACAACCAUCUUGGCGCUGAGGUAUCUGCUGGAACUAUUGGAACGCAACAAGAUGCUUUGGACUACUUGACGUGGACAUUCUUCUUCCGUCGAUUGCACAAGAACCCCUCAUACUACGGCCUCGAGAUCUCUGCAGAGGAGCAAAACACCAUGGCAGCUCAGGCCACAGCUCAAGAUUUUAUGGUUGAAUUGGUUGGAAAGUCGCUCAAUGAUCUCGCUGAAUCGUCCUGUGUUCUCGUGGAUUCGGCCACCGGAGAGGUCGACUCCACUCCCUUCGGCAAGAUCAUGAGUUACUACUACCUAUCGCACAAGACGAUCCGCUUCCUCAUGUCCCAUGCCAAGCGUGAUCCGAGUUUCCAGGAUGUCUUGAGUUGGAUGUGUUCCGCAACUGAAUUCGACGAGCUGCCCGUCAGACACAAUGAAGAUCUGAUCAAUGCUGAGUUGGCCCAGAACUUGCCGCUUUCUAUUGAAUGCAUGGGCGAUGCCCCCCUCUGGGAUCCCCAUACCAAGGCGUUCCUCCUUCUACAGGCCUAUAUGUCGCGGAUCGAUCUUCCAAUCACUGAUUAUGUUGGUGAUCAAACGUCUGUGCUCGAUCAGGGCAUUCGUGUCAUCCAAGCCUCAAUCGAUGUGAUGGCUGAACUCGGAUAUCUCCCUGCGUGUCAGAUGCUCAUGACUCUUCUCCAAUGCAUCAAGUCAGCGCGCUGGCCUGAAGACCACCCAUUGUCGAUCCUGCCAGGCGUUCCGACCGAGAAGCCACCCAGCGGUCUCCCGGGAACCCUUGUAUCGCUCUCGUCACAGCCUGCUGGUGCAGUUGCUGCUCUGGUCAAGAAAUUAAACCUUCCAUUUAACUUUACUCGCAUUACGUCCCAGCUGCCCCAGCUGUCGGUCUCGGUUGCGAGUGUUUCUGCCAAGGGUGUUGCUGUGUCUCUAACACGGCGUAACCAGCCCACAACCCCCGAAUGCAAGGUGUUCGCCCCUCGUUUCCCCAAGCCACAAACCGAAGGCUUCUUCUUGGUUGUUUGCAGUGCGUUGCCUAAUGGCACGGAUGGUGAAUUACUUGGCUUGAAGCGUGUGUCUUGGCCACCCGUAUCCAAGCGCAAUGGCAACGGCAAGGGCAAGGACAAUCACGGUGCUGGUUCCAGUCGUGGAGGACCUGCCAAGGAUAACAAGGGUGGCCUCUUGACGGUUCGCUCCAAUGUUAAAUUCCCCGAAGGCAUCGUCGCGCAAUCCACCAGUACCAACACAGCCCGGGUGAAUAUCAGGGUCAUUAGUGACUCAUACGUUGGGAUGGCAUGGGCUGUCUCCAAUGUCGAGGUGAAUUUGGACACUGACAUCGAGACGCAAACUGUGGAAGAGUCCAGCGUUCCUACCAAGGACUAA